AAUCAGAGCGGCUUUUACUGGCGGGUGGGCCGAGCCGGCCCAGCUGCUCCGAGGCUCUGGCAUGUCGGUUCCCGAUUCUGGUCCCCGGCCCCCAGCAGCGCCUGCCCCCUUCCCACCGGGGCCCCCCAUGAUGCCACCACCCUUCAUGCCCCCUCCAGGAAUCCCCCCACCCUUUCCUCCGAUGGGGCUACCCCCCAUGAGUCAGAGACCACCAGCCAUCCCUCCCAUGCCACCUGGCAUCAUGCCCCCAAUGCUUCCACCAAUGGGGGCGCCACCACCACUCACACAGAUACCAGGAAUGGUACCUCCCAUGAUGCCAGGAAUGCUGAUGCCAGCGGUGCCCGUCACUGCAGCGACGGCUCCGGGUGCGGACACCGCCAGCUCUGCUGUGGGUGGGACAGGCCCUCCGAGGGCCCUGUGGAGUGAGCAUGUGGCCCCUGAUGGGCGCAUCUACUACUACAAUGCUGACGACAAGCAGUCCGUGUGGGAGAAGCCCAGCGUGCUCAAGUCCAAGGCAGAGCUGCUGCUGUCUCAGUGUCCCUGGAAAGAGUACAAGUCGGACACAGGCAAACCUUACUACUAUAACAACCAGAGUAAGGAGUCCCGCUGGACCCGGCCCAAGGACCUGGAUGACCUGGAGGCUCUAGUCAAACAGGAGGCUGCAGGGAAACAGCAACAGCAGCUGCCACAGACACUACAGCCACAGCCUCCUCAGCCACAGCCUGACCCCCCACCUGUGCCUCCUGGCCCCACCCCAGUGCCCACCGGCCUCCUAGAACCUGAGCCAGGUGGGAGUGAAGAUUGCGAUGUGUCAGAGGCUGCCCAGCCCCUGGAGCAGGGGUUCCUUCAGCAGCCGGAGGAGGGCCCUAGCAGUUCUGCUGGACAGCAUCAGCCACCACAGCAGGAGGAAGAAGAAUCAAAGCCAGAACCAGAGAGGUCUGGCCUCAGUUGGAGCAAUCGGGAGAAGGCAAAGCAGGCCUUCAAGGAGCUGCUGAGGGACAAGGCUGUCCCCUCCAACGCCUCGUGGGAACAGGCCAUGAAGAUGGUGGUCACCGACCCCCGUUACAGUGCCUUGCCCAAACUGAGUGAGAAAAAGCAGGCAUUCAAUGCCUACAAGGCGCAGCGGGAGAAGGAGGAGAAGGAAGAGGCCCGGCUAAGGGCCAAGGAGGCCAAGCAGACCUUGCAGCAUUUCCUGGAGCAGCACGAACGCAUGACCUCCACCACCCGCUACCGGAGGGCAGAACAGACCUUUGGGGAGCUGGAGGUCUGGGCUGUGGUCCCUGAGAGGGAUCGAAAAGAGGUUUAUGAUGAUGUCCUCUUCUUCCUGGCCAAGAAGGAGAAGGAACAGGCCAAGCAGCUGCGGCGCCGCAACAUCCAGGCCCUGAAGAGCAUCCUUGAUGGGAUGAGUAGCGUCAACUUCCAAACCACAUGGUCCCAGGCCCAGCAGUACCUCAUGGAUAACCCCAGCUUUGCUCAGGACCACCAGCUGCAGAACAUGGACAAGGAAGAUGCGCUGAUCUGCUUUGAGGAGCACAUCCGAGCUUUGGAGAGGGAGGAGGAGGAGGAGCGAGAGCGGGCCCGGCUUCGGGAGCGGCGCCAGCAACGCAAGAACCGGGAGGCCUUCCAGACCUUCCUGGACGAGCUGCACGAGACGGGGCAGCUGCACUCUAUGUCCACCUGGAUGGAGCUGUACCCAGCGGUCAGCACUGAUGUCCGCUUUGCCAACAUGCUGGGCCAGCCGGGCUCCACCCCUCUGGACUUGUUCAAGUUCUAUGUGGAGGAGUUGAAGGCACGAUUCCAUGAUGAGAAGAAGAUCAUUAAGGACAUCCUUAAGGACCGGGGCUUCUGCGUGGAGGUGAACACAGCCUUUGAAGACUUCGCCCACGUCAUAAGCUUUGACAAGAGGGCUGCUGCGCUGGACGCAGGCAACAUCAAGCUGACCUUCAAUAGUCUGCUGGAGAAAGCAGAGGCGCGGGAGAGAGAGCGGGAGAAGGAGGAGGCACGAAGGAUGCGGCGCAGGGAAGCUGCCUUUCGAAGCAUGCUGAGGCAGGCCGUGCCUGCCCUGGAGCUGGGCACUGCCUGGGAAGAGGUCCGUGAGCGCUUUGUGUGCGACUCAGCCUUUGAGCAGAUCACCUUGGAGUCGGAGCGGAUCCGGCUCUUCCGGGAGUUCCUGCAGGUACUGGAGACUGAAUGCCAGCACCUCCACACCAAAGGCCGAAAACAUGGCAGAAAGGGCAAGAAGCACCAUCGCAAGCGUUCCCACUCGCCCUCAGGCUCUGAGUCAGAAGAGGAGGAGCUGCCCCCACUGUCUCUCCGGCCCUCCAAGCGGAGGAGACGGAACCCCUCAGAGUCAGGCUCUGAGCCCUCUUCCUCACUUGAUUCGGUUGAAAGUGGGGGUGGUGCCCUUGGAGGACGGGGCUCCCCAUCCUCCCGCCUUCUCCUUGGAUCAGAUCAUAGCCUUCGGAAAGCCAAGAAACCAAAAAAGAAAACUAAGAAGAGAAGACACAAGUCGAACAGUCCUGAGAGUGAGACAGACCCUGAGGAGAAAGCUGGCAAGGAGAGUGAUGAAAAAGAGCCAGAACAGGAUAAGGACAGGGAGCUCCGGCGAGCAGAGCUCCCUAACCGCUCCCCAGGCUUUGGAAUCAAGAAGGAGAAGACGGGCUGGGACACAUCGGAAAGCGAGCUGAGCGAGGGUGAGCUGGAAAGGCGGCGGCGGACACUUCUGCAGCAGCUGGACGACCACCAAUGACCUGACGAGCCGCUCUGCCUUGGGUCUGUGUGAGGCUCUGGCUCCUAGGUCACCCUCACCGUCUGCCCCAGACUCCUUCCUUAGUCUGUUUUCCUCAAGUAACCCCACCCCAACACACCAUUGCUGGCACCUCCCAAAGUUGCUUGUGGUGUUGAAGGGUCCCCACUUCCCGGACAAAUAGUGCAGUCCUUGCCCUCAGCCCCAGACCAGAGAUUGGUGGUAUAUGCCAUGUGGGGUGGGUAGUGCCAGUAGAUAAAAUGUGAGAAAGGGCCUCCAGGGAAGAGUGACAGGCUGGUGGACACAGCCUGGGUGGCAGAGGGCGGGGUCCUUACCCUCUAGCAUCAGUGCCUGCUCCUGCCUGCCCAGGCCCUAGGGCUCCACCACUCCUUGCUCCAGCCCUGGGACCCCGUGUAUGUGUGUUUUGUUUUGUUUUGUUUUUGUUUUUUAAAUAACAAUAUUUAUAACAUGGC